AUGUGUGGGCUAGAUAUUGUCGAUCAUUGGGAUCUAGAAUUCAAAACAUUUCUUGAUCACGAGAAGUUUCAUGCUGAUUACAUCGAAAGUGAUAUUCUACGUCUUGAUUCGAGUCCGAAGAAACGAAACAGGAAAUGGAUAUCAUUUGGGCGACUUACGUUUUACAUCAAUGGACAUGAGAGGGACAGAUAA